AUGUUUCGCUUUCUGUUCCCUAGAGCGCGGACCAUUCGCGUACCGCUUAGGAAUGGGGACAUUACCCUUCAAAGAGUAUCGGUGAUCAAACGAUCAAAGCCUGUACUCUCCCGCCUCUUGACCACCUUCUUAACCAGCUACUGCGUAAUCAAGACUGCAGGCUAUAUCUUUCCGCGAGAAGUUGAAGGAAGUCGAAAUAUCAUUGCGUCGGAAGUCGAAAGGCUGAAGAAAGAGGAGCAAUCCCAGCCAAUUGCAUCGCAAUGGGGGAAGCACUGGGAGAACGCGCACUCGAAAAUACCCAAAAAUGAAACAUCAAACACAGAACAGGCCUCCGAGUCAAACCUCCCUGAAGACAUUCACUUAAUGCUCCCAAUUUGGGUUCGACGAAAAUCAGCCGGCCCGUGGAGCGUCAAACACCCGGACGACAAACUAUUUCAAAAAUUGCAGCAGGACAAGAAACUUCUACGGGAAGUGAAAAUCGAGGUCGCAAAGCUUGUUGUGGACAAAAAAUUGAAAAACGAUCAAUACGACAUCUGGUUGAACCAGAUUCGCCAUAAUGGUCAAGUUGGUGUGGCCUUGGAAAUGGUUCCGCCCCUUUAUCCUCCCGUCGACUAUGAAAUACCGUGUGUCUGGAUUUCCCCGAAUGAAGUGAGCUGGGGCUGGCGUCGGUUGCCAGAUAACGUUGGAGGCAAAAUGGAUCGUGUCUUUCACCCUAUCAUUUUUGCAGAGGCCUUUUAUGCCGGACUGAGAGAGUUUGCGAAGGCGUCCUAUAUCAUUACCAAGGCUCGCAUCAGUGAUCGGUACAACACUCUCAUGGAUCGGUCCCCUUCCACUAAGAACAAGGCCAAUACUGAAACAUUGGCCUCCAAUCAACCCCACAAAACUCUGACUGCAGACGAAAAGGCACAUAUGCGUCUACCAGUGACUCGACUCUCCGAGAAAGAGAAGAAGAUGUGGCUACCGUUUCUGCAAGGAGAAUAUGGAGAAGAUGCUUCAAGACAGGGUUACCGUGAUCUUGUCAAAUCAAUGACAUACCAAGGAGCAAUCGAGACUGCUUGUGCAGUUUUUCGCACGAACUGGGUUCGUGGUCAAGCAAACGUAAUGCAGGGCCACGUUCGAGGAGCAUGUGAAAUCAAAGGAUAUCUUGAGUGUUUUGGGGAAAAGGGCAGACUACAUGUUGAUGUGACGGCGGUCUACUCCGUCGAAAUCAAUUCUAUCAUCGGUUUGCCCGUGGUUACACAAGCCUAUGUCAUCCCCGAUGUUGAGAAAUGGUAUGAGCAGGAAAUUCCCUCGGGGUUAAGCGCGGCGCUUUCUUCGACGGCCUCUCAAAUACAGCAUCGGCCACCUUUAAAACGACCAAGUCCAAGUUCAUCUCCAGAGGCUUCUGCAGCUGAAUCAUCUACCGGGGAAAAGGAUGGAGAGAAAUGA